AUGGCUCCUUUCUUGCCGCCGAAGAUUGCUUUGCACGGGCUGAAGGAACGGGUAGAGUCUUUGACUGUGCAAGGGGACAGAUUAUAUCUGGGGACAGCUACUGGCAGCGUCAGCGUAUACAGCCUAGAUGAGAAUCCGGUCAUGAUGCCUGUGAUAGGGCAUGAGGAGGAGAUAGCAACAUUGGUGGAGGUUAAGAAGAACUUGGUGAGGCGGGCUGUAGAGCAGCUGGGAUUCGUCAAGGAUAUCAAUUCUCUGGUUCUUCUUUCAGAAUCAACUAUCACCCUAUUCCCUCUCCCUGACUUCGUACCCCCGACCCUGCUGCCCAAGGCAAAGGCAGCGUUCUCCUUUGCUGUAAAUUCGUCGGUACAACAGGGCCCUGAUCCCGUCAAUCAGUCGACGACGGGCGAUUUCGAGAGGCCGAAGUCGGUGCCGACGUUGGUCACCUAUCUUGCAGCAGGGUGUCGGAGGAAGCUGGUGAUAUACUCUUGGAAGGAUGGAGAGGCACAGGAGCCAAAGGAAGUUCCCCUCCCUCAUUCCCCCCGAGUUAUGGCUUUCAUGGGACACCAGGCCAUAUGCCUUGCAUAUUCCGCCACUGAGUUUGCCCUUUAUGACUUUGCUACCAACUCCGUUAGUGACCUGGUAGUACCGCCAACUGUGACGACGGCUGCCGGUGGCGUCGGUGCGUUAACCGGUCUUGGCAGCUAUAUGACCUUGGGGCUCGGAGCGAAAGCCAAACCGUGUCUUGCGAAGAUCAGCGACACACAAGUCUUGCUUGCAAAGGAUAAUGUCGGUAUUUUCUUCGGGCCUGACGGCAAGGUAUCCAGAAGUGGGACUGUUGACUGGCCUGGUCCCCCGGAUGAAAUCACCUACGUAAAGCCCUACGUCCUGUCCGUGUUACCCCCCGGCGCCAUCCCAACCUCUACCUCCGACGCGUCCCAGUCGCCUCUUGCGCAGUCAUCCGCUAUCCAAAUCCGUUCCGGAAUCUCCCUUUCCACUGUCCAAACUAUCGCACACCCCUUCACCUCCGGCCCUGCACCUCACAGCACCAUCCGCCUUCUGACGCACUCCUCCAGCGCCAAAGCGACGUCCUACUUUGUUACCACACCCAUAGACCGGAACGCAGCUGCAUCCGAGGGUAGCUCCCUAUGGCUUCUGCGGAUGCGGACGUGGACGGAGCAAGUCGACGAGCUGGUCGCCGCUGGGUCGUACGCCGAGGCCCUGGCCUUGCUGGACGUCAUCGACCCUUCCGCGCUCCCAGACAAGGAGGAGACGCGCGCCCGCAUACGUGCGCUGCACGCGGUGUCACAGUUCCGCGCGGGCAACUACGAGGACGCGAUCAACACGUUCAUCUCGCUCGACAUCAACCCCGCCAAGGUGGUCGCUUUGUACCCCGAGAGCGUCGCGGGCCGGCUGUCCGUUCCCCCCGAUCAGUGGAUACCGCUCUUUGGUGGCCCAGAGACGGCCUCCCCUGAUGCCGGGAAGGACAAGGAUACCGACAGCGAUAAGGGGAGCGCCACCGCGAAAGACACGCCGGAGCGGACGGCGACGCCUGUGGGGAGUAUUAGGGAGAAGCUGAAGACGAGCCUGGACGCGUUCAUGCCGUCUGGCUCGAAAGAUCCUGAGACCGCUUCUAUCACCAGCGUCAGGCGAAGGCAGAAGCCCGAUAAUUUCCAUCGCUCCGUGGAGACUCUCCUCAGGUACCUGCCCGACCGACGACCUAAAAUCGCCGCUGCACUCGCUGCCGUACAUAUAACGCCGUCGCAGUCCCACCGGCUGUCCCCGCUAUCGGAGACGUCGACCGAGGAACUCUUCGCGCUCCCUGACGCCCCUCUGUCGGCGCUGACACCAGAUCAGCUGCUGCGGUAUGCCCAAGUGGUUGAUACGGCACUGUUCAAGUCGUACCUCAUCGUGCGGCCGGGGCUGCUUGGUCCGCUGUGCCGGACGGAAAACUGGUGCGAGGUGUCCGAAGUCGAGGAGGUGUUGCUUGCGCGGGAGAAAUACUCCGAGCUGAUAUACCUCUACAAUGGGAAGAAAAUGCACCAGAAGGCGCUGGAUCUGUUGAAGCAGCUGAGUGAGAAGGAGGAGGAUAUGGAGGACAAGCUGAUGCCGUCGAUUACGUAUCUGCAGCGUCUGGGCCCGGAGUAUCUGGACCAGAUCUUCAAGUCAUCGCGGUGGUUGCUCGAGAAAGAUCCAGAUAUGGCGUUUCAGAUAUUUACUUCCGAGGAAGUGGAGUUGCCGCGGAAGCCCGUUGCGGACUUCUUGGAGAGUAUUGACCCGAGGAUUUGCGCGAGGUAUCUAGAGUACUCGUUGCAGGAGAAGGAGGAGCGCGACCCCAGCUUCCAUGAUCGAUUGGCGGAGGUAUAUCUGCACAUCACGCUCCAUGCCCAGGAGGUGCACGACGAGGCGAUGCGCAAAGAGUAUUACGACAAGUUGUUGCAUUUCCUGGAUUCAAAUGGCUAUUACCACGUAGAGCAUCUGUUUGGGAUGCUCCCCAUGGAGGAGCUAUUCGAAGCUCGGGCUAUUCUCCUGGGUAAGCUGGGGCGACAUCAGCAUGCGCUGGAGAUCUACGUAUAUCGGCUACACGACUACUCUGCAGCAGAGUCGUACUGCAAGAGGAUAUACCAACCGGACUCGCCGACUAGUAAUGUCUUUCUGACACUGCUGCGGAUAUACCUUCGCCCGACAACUCAGACGUGUGAUAUGCUGAAACCAGCGUUGGACCUGAUCACCAGGCACAGUCCCCGUUUAGAUGUAGUGGAGACAUUACAAUUGCUUCCUCCGUUGGUCACAGCGAAGGACGUCCGGGCUUUCCUUGUCGAGGCACUGCGGGUCCCCAUUUUUGACUCGCAUGUCAUACGGGAGAUAAGCAAGGCGCGCAACGAGCAAAUUGCCAGGAAACUGAUGGUGCUGCAGAGUAACCGAGUGAAAGUGUCGGAUUCGAGAAUAUGUCCGCAGUGCCAUAAACGCCUAGGAAACAGCGUCAUUGCUGUGCAUGCACCGAGGGGCGAAGUGACUCAUUACCAGUGCCGCGAGGCAUUCUCGCGCAGACUGAACGAGGUUAGACGGUGA